CGCUGCAGCGCUGUCGACGUGCACCGCGGGCCACCAGAUGGCGCUGCCGAGUCCUCUCGUCGCCCCUUUAAAUAGGGGCCGCGGGCUCAGCGCUCUCAGCAUCCUCGCCGAGGUGUCGCGCGCGCUACAGUUCCCGCUCCUCCAGCGCGACUCCGUGCCCUGCACUACAGGGGCGCAGUGAGUGAGUGAGGAUGGUGAACGCGUCGAUGCAGCUGUUCGGAUUCGUCCUGGCGUUCGUGGGCUUCGUGGCGCUCAUCACCUCCACGUCCAUGACGGAGUGGAAGGCGUCCUCGUUCGCGGGGCCGAGCAUCGUGACCGCGCAGUCCAUGUACGAGGGGCUCUGGAUGUCGUGCGUGGAGCAGAGCACGGGUCAGGUCCAGUGCAAGGUGUUCGACUCGCUCCUCGAGCAGCCCGCUGAGAUGCAGGUCACUCGGGCGCUGAUGAUCACCAGCAUCUUCAUUGCUGCCGUUGCCGCCGCGGCGUCCGUGGCCGGCAUGAAGUGCACGACGUGCCUGGAGGGGGACGAACGGUACAAAAGCAAGGUGGCCUUGGCGGGGGGAGCCGGCUUCGUAAUGGCAGGUCUCUGCGCUUUGGUCGCAACCUCCUGGUAUGGAAACAGAAUAACGGCGCAGUUCCAUGAGCCGCUGGCCAUGGCGCACAGGUACGAGUACGGUAAGGCUCUCUUCUUGGGAUGGGUCGCGUCCGCCGUCUCCGUCCUGGGAGGCCUUAUUCUCUGCUGCAACUCCGUGGGACGGGGUCCGAGACAGAGGGGGCGGUACCCUCAAGAGCGCUCCUCGGGCAGCCCCGCUAUGGACUACGUGUAGAAGAGCGAGCGUCUGUCUUCGGCUCCGGAACUUUCCGCGUCGACACCCUCCCGCAAAGGAAGUGGCGCCUCUGUGGAAAAGGGCGUCGCGAAGCUCCGGCUGUUGAGCGAGUCGCCGUAGCUCUUGUGUUAAAUAGGUAGAGGCGCGGAAAUGCCGUCGCGCGUCCCGACGGCCUCCGAGCGGCGUAGACGCGCGGUAGGUGGGCGGAGCGCCCCCUUCCGGCGGCUGCGUCCAUCAGCGACGGCUUUGCUGCGCUCGUAGGAAUAGCUUCUGUGUUCUGCUCCUGGAAGGGGAACCGAGGUGGUGUCGCAAAGCCCUGGUAAACGGUCUCGCGGUAAAACUUUCGCUACCCUGCUGGUCUCAUGUGUUUGAUGAGAAUGUAACGCCUGGACCGAUUCACAGUUAAUGUAAAAAGUGCCCCCAUAUAAUAUAUAUAUAAAAUAUAAAAACAUCUGUUCCUUUAGAGAUGAACAGCCUUACUGUAACUUUCUUGUCAACUGUUGGAUUUUUUUGCUAGUUAUGUGAGAUAUAUUUUUGCAUCAUCUGAUACAUAAAUUGCGUAAUAUUUUCUUUUGUAGCUUAUCUAAUAAAAUUGUAGGAGAUACGUGCAUUCAGUACUUUUCUUUACUGGCAUGGGGUGCUGAUUUAUAUUUAGAAUGUUCAAGAUGACAUUAUUAGGAUUUGUGUGUUUUUUUUUUUUUUUUUUAAACAUUUUUGUACUUUCAUUUUUUUAUGACAGUCAUUUGUAAUGUACUUUGUUUUAUGUUAUUUUACAGUUUCAACAAAAAUGUCUCUAUAGGUUAUCAGAUUGAAAAGAAACUAUGCAAACUAAUUAAACAUAAUGAGCUUAUUUACUCCGAGGGGAAGUUGCUGAUAUCAUCAGUUUUGACUGUAAAACUACCCGAAAAAACAACUUGUUUCUGCAUUUUUUUUUGUCGCGCUGUGGAUUUAUU